AUGCUAACGCUCAAAACAAACUUGAAGCAUAGCACAGGACUGGUGGCGUGUGUGCUGUCGCUGCAGACGGCGGUGCAGGCACUUUCGUUGGCAAUGUGCUCGUCGGAAAAUACAGGAACGAGUAAUUUGCAAUCGACGUACCAGUUCAACUCGAAUGGAUACUGCCACGACGAAUGCAAUGGAUAUGCAUAUGCCAUAGUGCAGGGGGAGAGCUGCUGGUGUUCGAACUCCGCUCCGGGGGACACAACGUCGCUUUCUGAGUGUGAUGUUGCAUGUCCCGGGUUUGGGUACGAAUAUUGUGGAGAUUCCAGCAAGGGGGUGUUUGGAUACAUUGCCUUGGGGUCUGCAUCGACCGGGAGUGACGGAUCGUCCACUGGGGGGUACUCGAGCACGGAAAACGGGUACUCCAGUUCCGAAAAUGUGGGUUCCAGCACUGAAAAUGGUGAUUCCAGCACUGAAACAGGCGAAUCCAGCACGGAAGGAGACGAAUCCAGUACGGAAGGAGACGAAUCCAGCACCGCAAACGGGUAUUCGAGCACGGCGGAUGCGUCUACGAGCACGUCGACGGAGAAGGCGGUGGUGAAAACGACAUUUUCAAGUGCAAAAGCGACACUUUCGAGUUCAAAAACGACAUUUUCAGGUGGGAAAACAAGUAGCGGGCAAACAGGGGCAUCAUCAGUGGCAGAGAGCACGGCUGCGUCCAGCGUGAGCCCCGUGGUUUCGACAUUUUACUCGGUGGCGACGAUGACGGGCGAUUCACAAAAAACUGUCACGCGGACGCUUUUGCAGACUCUGACGGCUGCCUCUGCGGUGACUGCCACCGGGGCGUCGGGGGAGGCCACUGGGGAGGCCAGCGGGUCCAGCGCGAAAUCCUCGGGGGGAUUUUUUUCCAGCACGGGCCGGGUGGCCGGCGUGUUCACCGCGGUGGGCGUGGUGGCCGUGGCUGUGCUCGCGGGCCUCUUUUUUUUCCUUCGCAGAAAAAUUUCCGGAUACCGCGCCGCACACAAUACAUACUACCGGUAUUCGGACGAAGGGGGAUCACCCUUUGGUGAUGAUGCUGCAUCUAAUGUGAUGCCAAGACUCGAUUACUCAGACCUGGAGUCGAACGCACAUCAGCACGAUUACGCGGAAAAACAAGAUGUAUCAGCUGGAUCGUCUUCCGGCGGAUUCGUGGUAGACCCGCGGUUGGAUCCCGACGGCCCGUUGUACCGUUCCGCGGGAGAUGACUACUCGAACCGCAGCCUCAGUGAUGACAUAGAUUACUCGCGGAAGGUUCUUAAGGUGACAAAUGCAUGA